UUUUUCCAGGUCCAGAUAAAAACCUGAUCAUCUUUAGAACAGCAAGCAUAAAAGACAUUUCCUUUAAAUGAAUUCACCAAGGAGCAGCAGAUGGCAGAAGGAAAUGGCAGAGAGAUCAGAAGAAGGUUGGGUACAGAGCAGACAGUGUGGUAGUUGUUCUACAUGUGGCAAAAAACUGACAAAUGUCCGGGAAAAGACAGCGCAGUCAGGAGAGAAUAAAAAGGCAUAUAUUAGAGAGUAUGAUGAUGACUCUGAGGCUCCUGGGAAAACAAAUGUCAAGAAACGGAGGCGGAAGCUGAAGUAACAGCAAACAAAGCUUUAUUUUAAAUCAAAAGGCAGAGCCAACACAGAGCCAACACAAAUACCUGCGUUUGCAGGGCUAAUCCGCUGGUGUGCUGCGGAAGUGCGGUCCACAAAGUCCUGAACAUAAAAGAGGCAGUCUGUAAAUACACUCCCAAUGGAGGAAUCCGGGAGAAAGGAAAGCAAUAAUCCAAGGUGCGCCUGGAAAGAGGCGCAGUACACACGAACAGAGAGAGUCUUGUGUUCCACCUGCAUAACAUGCAAUAAUGGACGGUGAAUGUGUGGAAGUCAGGGGUUUAUAUAGGAGAUGGGAUGAGUGAGUGAAAUGAGCCUCAGGUGUUCUCCAUGAAGCCCGAUUGCGAGCAGCUCCGUGUGGGCGGAGCACGCACGAGAGAAGGAGCAGGGCAUUCCCUGAAGCACCCGAGGUUUGACUGCCACCAAAGGGGGUGUGGCAGGGGGAUUCUUGGCACCAAGCCCCCCCCAAGGGGCGGCACCGGACGCCCCCAACCCAUAGAAAGCCCGGCGGGCUGGGGCACUUCGAGGAGGGCCUCCCCAACCGCCCAGGGUCGAAGCGACCACCCCUGCGGAGUGCUGGAAUGGGACAGCGACCCCAGCGGGGACCCGGAAUAGAGCACAGCCCAACGCGGAUGCCAUGAAUGGAGCGAAGCCCUCAGCGAGGACUGGAGGCGGAGAGACACCCACCACGGAGACUCGGAGUGGAACGACGCCCUCGGUGGAGACUGGAGGCAGAGAGACGGCCCUCUUGGAGACCUGUGGCAGAGCAAUGCCCUAAGCGGAGACAGGAAGCCGAAAGACGCUCACCACGGAGGCCUGGAGUGGAGCGACGCCCUCGGCAGAGACUGGAGACGGAGCGACAUCCACCACGGAGGCCUGAAGCAGAGCGACGUCUACAGCGGAGCCUGGAAACCGAGUGACAUCAUCGGCGGUGGUCUGGAGCCGAGAGACGGUGGUGCACUGCGGAAGCAUGGUGCACUGCGGAAGUUUAUAUAGGAAGUUUAUAUAUUGCAGGGGUUUAUAUAGGAGAUAGGAUGAGUGAGUGAAAUGAGCCUCAGGUGUUCUCCAUGAAGCCCGAUUGCGAGCAGCUCUGUGUGGGUGGGGCACGCACGAGAGAAGGAGCAAGGCAUUCCCUGAAGCACUGAGGUUUGACUGCCUCCAAAGGGGGCAUGGCAGGGGGAUUCCUGACACUUCUACAGGCUCCAAUAGACUAAUGCUUUUGGAAUUGGUAAAACAAUUUCAUACAAUGAAAAUUCGAUCAGAGUUGGUGGUGAAAAGUUCUUUUUCAGAAACUGCAAAACAAUCUGGAGAAAGUGGAUGCACACAAAAAGCACAAUGUCGUAGUUGCCCUGAGUGUGGCAAAAGUCUGACAAAUGUUCAGGAAACCGCAAAGCAAACAGAUGAAGGUAAAGGGAUACAGAGUAGACAGGGUGUUGGUAGCCCAAAGAUUCGCAGCAAACAUCUGACAGAUACACAGACAAUGCAAGAGCAAUCACAGGAAUGUAGAUUGGUACAAACGAGACAGCAGGACAGUGGCAUGUUUGGUGACAAAACUCUGAAAAAUGUUAAGGCAAGGACACAAGAAUUCACCACGGAUCUACAGUUAGAGAACAGACAGCAUGAGUUUGUUGAUAAAAACCCAACAAAAGUCCUUGAGGGAGAAUCAGUCUUAAUAGGACCGCUGUUGUGUAGACUUGGACUUGAGAACAAAUAUGAAGACAAACUCACCAAAGCAGAAUUUCUUGAAAUCUCCAAAUCCACUUUACAGAACAAAGAGCCCAGUAAAGAGAAUGAACUGGUUCAUGUUUUCAUGAAACGACUUUUAACAGGCGAUUACACAGCAAGACAGGUCUCUGUCAAAAAUGACACCGAAAUACAGGAGUCUCCAUCAAUAGCUAACGCAGACGCCUUCACUGCUCUUUUUAAAAAACGGAGUGUUAAGACUAAUAGAAAACAGGCUGAGAUCCACCCAAUGGAUGUCCAGAUGGCGUUGUUCCUCUGUGCAGAUGAUUUUCUGCGACAAAUCAUGGUGAAUAAAUUGGCACAGUGUCAGUAUGCGAUUCCUUUACUGGUUCCCAAUCCCUUUAGUGGGAAAAUUGAAUGUCCUCUCUGGACAAUCCGCCAAAUCAACAAGAACUGGAAGUCGUCUGAUGCUUCAGGAGAAAUCAUCAGCAAGACUCUGCCUGUUUACAAAGCAGAAACUCCAAUGGUGGCUUUCUUCAGGCUUGGCUCUGUUUCCUCAUCCAAGUCUCAGCUCAUCAACCACCUGAUUAAUGAGAAGCACAACACAUUCUUCCACAAACACUGUCCAGGCAGCAGCAGAACUCGACUACUGAUGGAUGGAGUGGUGGAGAUCGCCUGGUACUGUCCAUCUGGGAAAAGCUCUGAUCAUUUCUCUGAAUGUGUUGCCUUCUGUAAUCUUCAUGGUGAUUCCAGCAUUGCUGUAACUCAAAGAGAAAUACUAACUACCAUGGCCUCUGUAAAUGUGAUACUUUUGCCCAAACUUGAUGAGGAGGAUCAUAAUAUGGGAGUUGUAAAGGAUCUUUAUAAGUCCCAAACUCCUCUCAUUGUAGUUCUUACUGAUGAAGAGGAUGAUAAUGAUGGUACUGGGUCUGAGAUUGGAAAUGGAAAAUACAAAAUUGGACUAAAAGGCAGUACUCAGGCGAACGUCUCUGCUGCACUCAGAAAUGUGAUCAAAAAAUGUAUCUUUCAAAAACACAUGACGUUUAAUCUUGAAAGCAUCACAAAAAAUGUAGUGAUCAGUGUGGAUGAGAGUAAUGAAGCCUGUCGAAGAGGAAAGAAAGCUGCACAAACUGUAAUGAGUUUCUUAGAUGGAAAAGAUCCACUGACAGUGAAAGAGAAAUAUCUGCCUUGCCAGGGGAAACUGUGGCACGACUGGUGCCAGAAAAGCAAAGGCUUACGACAACUCCAAAGUAAUACAAACAUAGAAACUGAGCUCAGCCGCAACUUAGAGGAAAUGAAGGAACUCAGAUGGAAACAGCAAGAACCUGGUGUUAGUGGACUCAUAAGGUCAUUUGUUGACAAUUUACAAAAAUUCUCAGUCAGUGAAAACAAUUAUUUCCUGAGAUGGACUGGAAUUUACCUGGAUGAGUUCAUUUUGGAGAAACUGCACAAAAUGAAGCCUGAAGAAUUAAAACAAAUGUCACCCAAGAUGAACGCUGCUAGCUUUGGAUUGGAGCACCUGCUGAGAGAGAUGGGACAGAUUUAUGAAGCUUCAGUCUCUGAAGAAAAGAACAUGACAGGAAAAGGAAUAGGAAACUUCUCUUACCUGCCUGAACUUGCUGCUGAACUCCUGAUAUCUGGGCACCCAGUGGAACUGAUGGAUGGUGAUACAGCUUAUGUUCCUCUAACCUGGGUUUCAGCUCUUCUAGAUGAAGUCAUCAGGAAACUAGGAGACAAGAAGGUUUUCGUGUUGUCAGUUUUGGGGAUUCAGAGCUCUGGGAAAUCCACUAUGCUGAAUGCCAUGUUUGGGCUGGAGUUUGCAGUCAGUGCAGGCAGGUGUACCAGAGGAGCCUUCAUACAACUGGUUAAAGUUUCUGAGGACAAAAAGAAAGACCUGAAGUUUGACUACAUUUUGGUUGUUGAUACUGAAGGUCUCCGAUCUUCAGAGCUGUCUGGAAACGCCAUCCACCAGGACAAUGAACUUUCUACAUUUGUAGUAGGAUUAGCAAACAUGACUUUGAUUAACAUCAAUGGGGAAAACCUUACUGAGAUGCAAGAAAUUCUCCAGAUAGUUGUUCAUGCAUUCCUCAGGAUGAAGCAGGUUAGAUUGAACCCCAGCUGCAUGUUUGUACAUCAGAAUGUUUCUGAUAUUGCAGCUAGAGAGAAAAUCAGGGAUGGAAGGAGGCAUCUACAGGAAACACUGGAUAAAAUGACUAAACUAGCAUCAGAUGAAUACAACUGUGCAGAAAGAUUCACUGAUGUCAUUGCAUUUGAUGUAGAAAAUGAUGUGAGGUACUUUGCACAUCUAUGGGAGGGUUCUCCACCCAUGGCUCCACCAAACCCACUCUACAGCGAGAACAUUCAGGAGCUAAAGAGAGAUAUUAUUUCUCGUGCAGCAACUACAGAUGUCCUCAAAUUAUCCCAGUUCCAAAAGCGAGUGAAGGACCUGUGGAAUGCUCUACUGAAUGAAAAUUUUGUGUUCAGUUUUAAGAAUGCUCAAGAGAUUUCAGUGUACAGGAAACUGGAGCGUGAGUACGGGAAAUGGACCUGGAGUCUAAGGAAUGCCAUGAUGACUGUAGAAAAUAAAAUACUUAACAGAGUAGCCAGUGGAACAGUAAAAACAAUUCAGAGGCAAAAUCUGGAAGAAGAAAUGACAGACACCCUACAGACGGUCCAAAAGGAAUGUAAUCAAUUUUUUGAAAAAAACAGUGAAAAAGAAACACUGAUUCAGUGGAAAUGCAAAUUUGAGACACAAGUCAAUCACCUCUAUGAUGAUCUUAUUGAAGAUGCAAGGAGAAAAGUGGAUGAGAGCAUUCAGCAGAAAAGAAUUAGACACAAGUUAGACCAGAAACUGAGAAAAUAUGAGAAGGUUCUCUUUGAAAAGAGCAAAGAGCUUGCAUUAAAACUAAAAGGCAACAUUAACAAUAAAAUGCAUGCAAACGAAUUUAAUUUAAUGUGGGGAAAAUGGAUCUUUGAACUAACUGACCAAGCUCCUAAAUUUAAGGAUGUUGAGAUUUCAAAGGACAUAACUCACGUUCUGGGAGAGAUCUACAAAACUGACUUAGUUAUAAAUCGAAAAUGCUCCAAUGAGUAUAAACAGAUUGGAACUGUUAAUGAUUAUAACAGCUAUAUCACAAAGAAAAACCUCGUCAAUAAAAAAUCCAUAAAACUUUGGUCGGGAAGUUUUCUUAAAGCAGAGAAUAAUAAAUCAAUACAUUCUCUAAUCAAUAAUGUCACUGAACAAAUCAAACAGACAGUGGAGUCAUUUCCAUUCAUAACACAGGGCUAUAACUCAGGCUACCUGUACAACAUCGCACAUGAUGUGAAGGAGCAGGUGCAAGAGUUUGAAACUCAAGUCAAGAAAGAACGAAAGUUAUCUGAUGAUGCUUCUGUGUUUAACCAAGACUUCUAUGUAGAUUUCUCACUUUAUGUAUGUGAGCAGUCUGCAAACCGCAUCUCAGACCUUCACAGAAAAUUCAAAGAAGCAAAUGAUCCAGUGAUUUAUUUUGAAUGGAAAAAGACUGAAUAUUUUAACAUCUUUCAGAAAUACUGUGAUGGAGCAACUUCAGCAGCUAUACUUGGAGACCAGGUUUGCAGUAAACUGAAAGAAGCGAUUUUGCAGAGUGUCUACAACAUGAUGGCUCCUUAUGUGUGUGGACAGAUGAGAGGAAAACCACCAUUUAAUGGGAACAGAGCUGAUCUGGAAAAACACAUUCUGAAGUCUUUAGCAGAGCAGAAGGGAGAGAAGGCUGAGAGGUUUAAUAACUAUUUAACAUACAUGUACCAACCUAGAGUCCACUUUGAGAAUUUCAUCAGGACCAGGGUUAAAGAGUUCAUGGCAGCUGAAAAUCCUCAAGCAGAUUCUGCAAUCAAAGAGUGCAUUGACCACAAACAGAGAAGCAUCUUAAGUGCUGCAACAGUGGCAAGAGAUGAAGUCAAACGUGUCAAUGGAGAUGCAAAUCACUGGAUGGAAGUUUUUUCCAACAGCCUUACAGAUGAGUUGGGAGAUACUAGGGUUCACCUGUGUGAUGAAGAGGGUAUGGCAAGCAUUGAUUAUGAUGUUCUUAUGGAUGCUAUAAGUAAGGAACUCUUAGCUGUGGUUGAAGAACUAAAGAGAGACCUCAGUAGGGUUUCAGACUUGGCCAUGGAAAUGUUCAGAGAAAGACCUGAUGAAAUUCUAAUCAAACACUUCUGCAUUUGCUGCUGGGAGCAGUGUCCUUUCUGUGGAGCCGUCUGUACCAACAGCCAAAAACACCAUCCUGGAGAUCACAACGCUGAUUUCCAUCGCUCAACUGGAAUGAGAGGAGUGUAUUACAAGGAAAGAUCUGAAUUCCUCAUAGAUUUUUGCACAACUGUAGUAGCCAGUGAACAGUCCUUUUGUGCAUCUAGUGAACAUGAGAUUAUUGUGCCUUGUAAACGAUACAGGGAAGCAGGUGGAGCGUAUGCUACAUGGGGAAUCUCCACUGAUUUCUCUGAGCUGGCUUACUGGAAAUGGUUUGUUUGUGAAUUUAAAAAGAAUCUUGAAAAGCACCAUAACAAGCAGUUUUCUGGUAGAGGGAAGAUUCCUGAAGAGUGGAAAACUUACAGCCAAUCAGAUGCUGUUAGAAGUUUAGGGAUACAUCUUUCAAAAUGGUAAGAAGUGUUUGUGCCAACUCUAAACAUCUGUAUGUGAUUAGAGAGUGCUACAUAGAUUUACUCCUGUUUGUCUUAAGAGGAGGCCUACAACAAAACCAUGUCAAAACCUUUUUUUUGUUUAACAGCAUUUAGGAUUUUGUGUAUUGGAUGUUAACUUUGAAUGAUUUAAUCCUUGUUUUUGCAAUUUUCACUUAAGUUUUUUUUAUUUAUAUUCUUAUAUAAAGCCUUUGUGAUUUCACUUAUUA